UUUUUCCUCUGGCGGAAGUGAAUGAAGCGGCACAGCAAUGGCAGCGACCUUGCACAGAGCAUGGUGUCCAUAACAGUUUAAUGAGGAAACCACCUAAAAUGCUCGUAUAUCGACCUCUCGCAGUGACAGUUUGGUGUUUGUAGUGUCCGUUUCCACGUGUACAUCAUGAUAUCCCUCAUCAAGGCUGCUGUCGGCGGAUUGACCGGCGUCUGUAGAGCCACCGGUCACCAAGGUCCUUUACACAGUCACUUGAAAGUCCUAGCUGCUGGCCUGAAGACAUAUGAAGUCCCCCCAGACUUUAGUGAUGUGGUGUUGCCGGAAAAACCCAAACUGAAGUUUAUGGAGAAGGUGCCUAACUUGAAAAAGGCCAAGAAAGAGAUGAAGAACCUGCGGGAUAUCCGAGGCCCAGCUCAGACGGCAAAUAGCUUCACUACAGGACAGUACGCUAUUGUGGCAAUGGGAGGGGGUUACCUUCACUGGGGUCACAUAGAGAUGAUUCGUCUAACCAUCAACCGCAAGAUGGAUUCUCGGACUACAUUUGCCCUAUGGCGCAUCAAUGGCCCAUAUAAGCCCAUCACACGUAAAGGUCUGGGUCAGCGCAUGGGUGGAGGCAAGGGAGCCAUCGACCACUAUGUGACACCUGUCCGCUACGGCCGUUUAAUCGUGGAGGUGGGAGGAAAGGUGGAGCUGGGCGAGGUUGAGCAUAUCUUGACUGAAGUGGCAAAGAAGCUACCGUUCAAAGCUAAGGUAAUGAGCAGAGAGAGCUUAGCAGACAUGCAAAAGAAGCAGGCUGACAUGGAGCAGAACAACCAGAACCCCUGGACCUUUAAGCAGAUAGCGCACGGCAACAUGCUGGGAAUCAGGAAGGUGCUCAGCCCAUUUGACCUUGUCAACAAUGGACGCUUCACAGGCAAAUUUCACAACCCGGGGAGGGUGUGACGUGCCUGAGGGACGAAACAAUACAGUUUCAUGCUGUGACACCAUCCAGACCACUGAAGACCAUUGAAGAAGCAACCAACAUCUUAAAAGGCUCUGACUUUCAGUUAUAUUUGCUUUUGUUUUUUGUUUUUUUACACAAACAUGUUAAUAAAUUUGACCUUUUGUUUAA